AUGAGUGUCACAGAACCAGCAAGUGGCCAAGAGCCAAAGUCAAGGAAAAGAAAUCUCGAGGCUGCUGAAAUUGAGAUCGAUGUUGAUGCUCCUGAGCCACCUUCCAAAAAGUCUCUGCGGAAAGCAAAAAAGUCGUCGGCUGGGAAGACUUCAGACGAGACACCAUCAAACAAUAAGCCCUUAGCUACACCACCCAAGGAUUCAAAAGACGCCAAAACAGACAAUAAACGCUCAGACUAUGGUAUCUGGAUCGGGAAUUUGUCUUUUGGUACCACUAAAGACGACUUGAUGAAGUUCUUCACCAGUGAAUCCACCAAUACCAUCUCCCAAAACCAGGUCACAAGAAUACAUCUACCUCUAGGUCAGCCGAAGUUUGGAAAGCCUGCCAACAAAGGCUUUGCCUAUGUAGACUUCAUUGAUGCCUCAACCCUUAAGUCAGCUCUAGAGUUCAGUGAAGCUUUACUGGGUGGACGGAGGGUUCUCAUCAAGGAUGCUAGAAAUUUCGAGGGAAGGCCGGAACCAAAGAAGGAUGAAAAAGUCUUGCAGGGCAAGGCACCUAGCAAACGGGUCUUCAUCGGUAACCUGGAUUUUGAUACUACCGCUGAAGAUCUCGAAGCUCAUUUUGGCCGAUGUGGAACCAUCUUAAACACUCAUAUAGCUACAUUUGAGGACAGUGGAAAGUGCAAGGGUUUCGCCUGGAUCGAGUUCGAACAACUCUCGUCCGCAGAAACUGCCAUGCGAGGCUGGAUGGAAGCUCGAGGAGCAGAAUCAGCACAAACCAGAAAACAGGGCAAUGGUCAACGGAGAAUCUGGCUGCACAGUUUGAAGGGAAGAAAGCUGAGAAUGGAGUUUGCUGAGGACAAAGCCACUCGAUAUCAAAAGCGAUUUGGCAAAGGAAGUGCUUCGGCUGCUGAAGGCGGCGACGCUGCAACCCAAGAACAGGAAGCCCCAAUUGAGGAAGUCGACGAAAAGCCUCGGCGAACGACAACGAAGAAGCCCCAGAAACAAAAUUCAUACGGGACCAAGUAUGCGGACGAGACGGUUCAGAGGCUUACUGGAGCGAUUGUAGAAGGAAAGGGUCAAAAGGUUGUGUUCGACUGA